UUUGACAGUCAAUAACAUUCCAUCGACCGCUACGGUUCUUUCUAUUAAAACCAAGACAAGCAAGUGUUAAUAACAAAAAGUGCGCAAAAGGUGAUAUUUUAUUAAAUAAAUACAAAACUUAUAUAAAGUCAAGGAAUUAUUAUGGCAACAACAAGUGCAUUAAACACAAAUGAAUUAUUAUUCGAGGAAAAACCUUUAUAUCAGCCACCUUUGCAAGAAUUAAAGCAAGUGAUACAGUCAAGUCUACUAAAAAACUUUGAAAAUGUAACUGUCGAUGUUACAUCUUGUCCCGAUUUGACGGCUUCUCCUUAUAAUCUUAUGGAUUCAGGUUUAUGCGGCUCCCCCUCUCUGUUGGAAGCGGGCGGACCUCCAUAUCUUUUGCCUUUGGUUCAACGCGAGAAAUUGUACAAUAUUAAAGAAAUGUGCCAAAAAGUUGUGGGCGAGGGAAAAAUUUUGGCAGUUGGUGCUGGAGCCGGUCCCUAUCCCCUGCGCAACUCGAAUUGCGAAGGUAUUUACAACAUGGCCGUAUCGGCUGAUGGAAAAAUUACCAACGGCAGCUAUACAGCUAAAGUCUCAGGUAAAGAAGAAUCAUGUGUACUUGAACCGAUACCCGAUAGUGAACCACGAUGUGCUUUGCUGCUCAAUCUGUUUGUGUGUCGCGGUGAACCGGGAAAAGUGUUAAAGAUUACGUGCAAAAAACGUACCGGCAAACAGAAUUUCAUAGAAUGUAUACGUCAAGGUUUAUUGGAAAAAUAUGAGGAUAAAUGUGUGGGCAUGGGUGGUUUAUUCCUUAUUAAACGCGGCAAGGUGUUUCAGCAUGUAAUGCGUGAUUUUAGUAAAACUCCUAUAACAUCGGAGCCGGAAUUGAAUCAAUGGCUGAAAUUUUACGAUAUGCCAGCAACUUUAAAUGCUGUGGGCACUUUGAUAACACACGAAAAUGAUUUAGAUUUACGUUUACAACACUUUCAUUCAUUUUCCACCACCAAUUGGGGUGGUCACUAUCAUCAUGAUGUAACACCUGAGACCGUGGAAUAUGAGGCUUAUUUGAAUGUUGCCGAACGUGUAGUACGUGUUGAUAAACCCAUAGAAACCCAUAAAUUUGGUAGAGAUUAAUAAGUGUUUGUUUAUAUUUAUAUACUUUUUAUACUACUGCUGUAUAUAAACUUUAUUUUUGUAUGAUACCUACUACUUGCAAGAAUUUGAAAAUAAAUUUGGUUUUAGUUGGCUUCAUUUCAUUUUUAUAUGGAA